AAGCCCGCAUCUCACUAUCACCCUCCCUUUCCCUUUACCCCCUUCCGCCGCCACCAUUUGCUCGUUUUCCUUCCAAUCCGAGCUCGUUCCUUGUUUCUUAUCAAUGUAUUGUUGUGUUUCUUGAGCCGCAUCUCUAGUUUCGUUCCUCUGCCGUAUCUGUUUAAUUCCUCCUUCAUAUUCAUCCAAUAAGCGAGGAUGUAACUUUACCUCUUUUCGACAACUUGUUAUUGUCAUGUGUCAGCAUACUAUUAUUAUUGUUGUCUACCUUUAAUUAUAUUCUUUGCAAAUUGCGAUCCUUUGUUCUAAUUGUCUCUCGUUUUCUUCCAUUCAUUCGACUGUCUUGCGGUUCGGUGUUAGAAGAAGCGAAUCACUCACUACAUAAUGUCUUUUGCUUCUAUUACGAUACCUAUUGCUAUGUGCGACCGUCGUAACUUGCUCAAGCUAACAUGCGCAACUUUCCCAUAGUGAACAAGGCCCGAAAGCCGAAAUUCGAGCUACACCUCACUAUCUACGACCUGAAUAAUGUCCCUCUAGUCGCCGGUACCUCUUUGGUGAAAUGGCACCUUCCAAAUUCCAUCUCCGGCGAGCACCGCGGCCGUACCUCCAAAUGUUCGAUCGACAAGAUCAACCAUCGCGUUCUCUUCAAUUACUCGAAGAUCAUACCCUUGCGCAUAUCCAUCGACCGCAAUGAUAACCUUACCGAUUGCCCGAUCGAAUUCGAAGUACUGCAGGAGUUUCCUAUGGUUCCUGGUGGUCGCGACGAGAAGAUGACCCUUGGUAACAUAAGGCUAAACCUCAGCGAAUAUGUCUUGGAGAGCGAGAACUUCCCGCGCCGUAGUAUGGGCGCUCGGCCGACCAGCAUGAGUCUAGAUCAUAAAAUCGGGCAGGGUCUAUCGCACCGACGACAGAGUAGUAGCAAGUCGACGGGCGGUGCAUCCGGUCUCGCGGGCUCUAGUCCGACAAGCGCCACGGCACUACAGGGCCCAAACCUCCAGAUGCUCCAUCCGGAGGAAAAUGACGUUGUGGACGAAGAAGCCGAAGAAGGCAUCGUGCGGCGGUACCUCAUGCAGGACAGCAAGAUCAACAGUACCCUCAAGGUAGGAGUAUUGAUGGUGCAGAUCGACGGUGAACGUAAUUACGUCGCGCCUGCCUUAAAGACAGCGCCUAUGUUCGGCGGUAUCGCCGGUGUAAUGACGAGUAACGGCGAAGCCCAAGCCGAGCAACCACCUGACGAGCGACCAUCCACCGCGGGAUUCGCGAGUAUAAGCAACAGUUUUAAUAAAUCCCGCGACGCCUACGAGUUACAAGAUAUGUAUCGCCGCGCCCUUGCUGCGAGCUGGGCCUGCCAACCGGGCGAAUUACCAGCGGACGAAUGCGUCGAAGACAUAUUUGCCGGCGGCGACGGAUGGAGCGAUAGCACACGGCCGAAAGGCGCUGUUUCGCAUAAGAAUCGCGGUAGCAGCCGACGGUCUAUUGAUAGCAGCAAUAGCGGCAGCGCAAGUGUUAGCGGCGAUGAAGCGGCUGCCGGCACACUCCGACCUAGUGAUAUACGGCGGAUGCGACAGCACACACGCACGCGAAGUAACGGCAGCGAUCGUAGUGCCCAGACCCUCCUCGGACCCGGUGUCAGCGGAAGGCGGCAUAGCGGCAGCGGUCGGCAUAUUAGGUAUCGCGGCGACAUCGCCGGCGCUAGAGUGCAUAAAGAGCACGACGACGACGGGAUUGCAGGUGAUACCGAAACAGGGGUCGGCGGACUCCGUAGCCGCAGCGGGAGUUUAGCUAGUCUUGCUACUACAAUCGGUAGCGAUCGCGGUCGCGAAGGAUUCCGCCGUCCCAAAGAAGUCGACGAGUUCGAGGAACGCGAAGACCUAAUUGCGUGGAAGUUACCUGGGACGCCUCCGUAGGAGGAGGAUCCGCGGUAUAAGUAACGGGCGAGCGCAUGUCGACGUUUGUAUAUGGAGAUACCUAUAAGGAACUCUGCAUGCGGGGUAUGUGUUUGUGCUAGUGUUCCCUCGCUAGGGAGAUAAAUAGAUAGAUAGAGGGAUGUGGAUAGAUAACGGAAUGGGAAUGGGGAGGGAGCGUAUAUAGAAAAGCGAUUUGCAUGCAUUAUAUUGCACUUGGAUUAGCUAAAAAUGAUAAUUACUUGUUUGCUCAAU